AUGGGAGACAAGUUGCGUUUAGCAGUUGGAGUAAUGGGUAACUUAAUUUUUUCCUUUAUUUAUCUGAAAUGCUGCCUCCAUGUUACUCUAUGCUGCACCCUUGUAAUAUUAACAUUUUCAAUGGUCAUAAAGAAGAAAAGCACCGAGGAAUUUUCAUGUGUUCCAUACAUUAUUGCUUUAUUGAACUGUUUCCUUUAUACCUGGUAUGGCCUGCCUGUGGUGAGCUAUAGGUGGGAAAACUUUCCCUUGGUCACCACUAAUGGCGUAGGAAUUCUUCUUGAGCUCUCCUUCAUUCUUCCAUACUUCUGGUUCGCUUCAGUUGGAGGAAAGGCAAGUAUAUUAUAUGAGCAUAUAUAUAGAUGGAUGGAAAUACAUAGAUACAUGUAUAUAAAUAUAGUUUCAUGGGUGCAGAAGAAGGUUGCGAUGAUAACUAUACCUGUUAUCCUAGCUUUUGCCUUUGCCGCAGCCAUAUCAGCUUGUGUAUUCCAUGAUCACCAUCAUCGCAAGGUUUUUGUUGGGAGUAUUGGACUGGUAGCCUCUGUAGCAAUGUAUGGUUCUCCUCUAGUGGUUGUGUGUCCAAAUCUAGUUGGCAGCCCUUUAGGCAUCCUUCAGCUUGUGCUCUAUUUCAAGUAUAGGAAAACAGGAACCAUGGAAGAACAACAAAAUUGGGAUAUGGAAAAGGACAAUGAAAAACACAAACAACAAUUGCAGUUUGUGGUAACUGAUACCUAUGGCAAGAUCUGA